AUGGAGGCCAUGAGAACAAUAGUUUUCAGAGCUGAUAUUGAAAGAAAGAAAGAAGAUUUAAGGACCAUGGUUGGUGAGAGGUACAGGGACUUGAUAGAAGCAGCUGAUACCAUUGCUGAGAUGAAAAAUAGUGCAGAAAAAGUGAUGUCAACAAUAGGAAGGAUUGAGACGCUCUGUACAGAGUUGAAACACAACCAAAUGGUGAAAAGUUCUUCUCAUCAGCAGAAAAAGAAACAGGAAAUAGAAAUAAGAAGGAAGGAAGAAGCGAAGUUUCACGAGGUUGCCUCACAAAUUAAACUUCUACUAGAUAUCCCAGAGAAGAUGUGGACAUGUCUAGACUGUGAGGACUAUUUAUCAGCCAGCAGACUGUAUCUUCUAGCUCAACAUAUCAAUACCAGUCUACAGCUCACCUCCCAGAAUGCUCCCAACUUCCUGUACUGGUUCCCUGUGCUCAAUAGACAGUGGGCGGCCAUCAGUCACUUUAAGAUAACCAUACUGCAGGGUUGUAGAAGACUGAUAAAAGAGACCACAGUAUCUGAUCAGAAAAUAGCUGACAGUUUGUGUUCGAUUUUGUUGCUGGAGAACUCUAAUCCUAGACAAGUGUUUAAUGAAUUCCUCCUAGCUAGAACAGAAAAACAAAGAUCCCCGGGGGUGAUGCCCCAAGAAUGCACAAAUCUGUUGUUGAGAACCCUCACAAAAGUGACCACACAGAAACAACAUGAGAGUGGUUUACUAGAUUUACACAGCUCUGUCUCCGCUAGAUGCUUACCAACAUCUGUUACAGAUUUUUGUCCCAGUCAUAAAUCUGUCUCACUGGGUGUAUCACAGCAGCAUCUCCAUGACAACUGUACGCAGUGGAUACAAACGUGUAUAAAUGAUGUGAAGUCCGGUGUUACUACACUAUUGAAUUUUGUAAACACUGUGAAACAUCUUGCCUCUAUCAGAGAUACAGUGUGGGAGCUUAUGUCACAGGAUAUGAGUUUGAAGGAUUGGACAGUUGUAUGUGAAAGUGUCCUCAGUAAUUCUCUACAUAUCUGGGAUGAUCUUCUACGCCCACUCUUUGUUGACAGAGUCAAGGCUCUGAUAAAAUAUCAGUUGGAAGCUACAGUUGAGAUCACAGAAAGACAAAUGAAUAAAGUUAUCGUAGAACUAGAUGAUGAAAAUAGCAGCCGACUAUGUGUUGAUACAGAUCUGGCCGGAUAUAUCUGGUCAGAGAGUCCAGGAGACAUAGCUGCUAACACUGCCUGGGGUAUGGCAGGGUCAAGGUCAUUGCUAGAGAGUGGAGGUCUGAUGAUGAAAGCAAAGGCUUAUACUCCUAUUGUACAAACUUUCUGUAAGACGUUUGACGAGAAACUAGACGCUGUCAGUGAGGAUUACAAGUUCUACAUCUUCACAGAUGCCGAGACAAUGAGUGUUGCCAUGGAAACGACACCAUUCAACAGAUUCUCUGAUUCUACUAGCUUGCUGACAUUUGUACAGACAUCAUGUAUGGAAUGUGUACAAGGAAUUUUAGAGUUUCUAACCAAGUUACUGGAUGACUGCAGGGCUGAUUUAUCUUCAUCAAAGCUAAGAUGUUCAAAUAUUGGUAACAAACUGUUAUUAUCAGGGAGACUGUGUGCAGCCAUGUGUGACCUUACCCCACACUUACAGCAGUGUAUGAUGGGAAGUGAACAAGUCUCUAGAAUGGAUAGGUCUUUGUUAAAGAGGUCCACAUCAGGAAGGCAUGUUAUAGGGAAACAAGAAUCUAAUGUCAUCUGGGAGAAUAUUAAAUCUCAACUCAUAAAAUACCAGCAGACUGCUUUCAGGUAAGUUAUUAA